CAAGACUGGACUACAGUAGAGGGUGGUUCCUGCAGCUGAACUACAGUGAGCGCACACAGUGGACUCGGGAUUCUCUGGGCCCUUUUCCAACCAAGUCAUGGGUCAGGUAAUCUCUGAUGCAUCUGAGAAGGAAGACAAUGGAGAUUUGGUUUCCAGCUUCACCAAAAAUUUUAAGAAUAUCAAGGCAGAAAACCAAAUCAUUCCUCUGGAAACCAUCCAUUCGAUUGAGCUACAUCUGAAACAAGGAAAUAUUCAGGGGGCAAACUCUAUAAUCAGAGAUGCAUUAAAAAAUAUUGAUAAUGUCCCCAUAAACAUUGCUGUGACCGGAGAGUCUGGAGCAGGAAAGUCCAGCUUUAUCAAUGCGCUGAGGGAGGUGGGACCUGAUGAGGGAGAUGCAGCUGAAGUUGGGGUGGUAGAGACAACUAUGAAGAUAACAUCAUACAAACACCCAAAAAUUAAAAAUUUGAAAAUAUGGGAUCUUCCUGGUGUUGGAACUCUGAAAUUUCCACCCAAAGAUUAUCUGAAGAAAGUAGAAUUCCAAAAGUAUGACUUCUUCAUUAUUGCUUCUGCCACACGUUUUACAAAACAUGAAAUAGAUCUUGCCAAAGUAAUCACAUUAAUGGAAAAGAAUUACUACUUUGUGAGAACCAAGGUGGACUUUGAUAUCGAUAAUGAAAAGAAAUACAAACCACGUACUUUUGACAGAGAAAAGAUCCUGCAGCGAAUCCGAAACUCCUAUCUGGAUACCUUUCGUGAAAAUAAAAUUGAUGAACCACAGAUUUUCUUAAUCUCUAACCACAAUUUAUCUGACUAUGAUUUUCCAAGCCUAGUGGACAUCCUGAUAAAGGAUCUUCCUGCUCAAAAGCGCCACAAUUUUAUGCUUUCCUUGCCCAAUAUUACAGACGCAGCCAUUCAAACAAAGUACAACACUUCAAAGCAGCUUCUCUGGUUGGAAGCCCUCAAGGAAGGUGUUUUGACUGCUUAUCCUGCACUGAAGUGCAUCAGCAACAGUGAAGUAAAGAAGCUAGAAGAGAUUUUAAACCACUACCGAGCCCUCUUUGGAGUGGAUGACAAAUCCCUGGAAUUAAUUGCUAAGGAUUGCCAAGUGCCUGUCGAAAAACUGAAAGAAAAACUUAAAUCUCAUUCAUUGUUGACAAAUAAGGAAAAUGAAACAUUAGGAGAAAAACUUUUCAAAUGUUUGGAAAUUUUUCUCUCAGUUAGUGGUGGGCUCCUUGCUACAGGUCUUUACUUUGGGAAAAUCUUUUACUUUCAAUUUCUUUUCCUUGACACGGUGACUGAAGAUGCCAAAGUUCUCCUUAAAGAGGCAUAUUCAAAAGAAUCACUCAAAUUCAACUCACCCACAGCUACUGAUCAUGACAACAUGAAAUGAUUAAUGCCAGAGAGGCAUUAGAAUAAAUUAUCCCCUCCAACAUCUUUUCUAGCCAAUCCACUACCACAAGGCAAAACAUAAGAAUAGGGUCAUGUGCAUUAAUAUGUUAGAACCUGACAACGCCCAAUCUGUCUUCAACUCUAUAUGUUCACCUACACCUUCUUUCAAGUCUUUCAACUACACACACAAACUUGAACACACACACAGAAAGAGAGAGAGGAGGAGAGAGGGGGAGGGAGGAUGAGCUCUGUGUCACUUCUGUACUUCCUUACAAUGAUUUUCUGUUGCAACAUUAACCUCUCUGGAACCUGUGCACAAACAUUUCUUACUUUUUAUGCACCUUGCUCUGUUGUUCUCAUUGUGUGUCACAACACACAUGCACACACACACACACACACACACACACACACGCAUACACUCAUGCACAUUCACCUAAAAGUUAAUUCUACCCUCAUUAAGUCUGAGUUAAAAGAGUGACUACCCAUGGCUUAUAGAUUCUAUCAACAGGAAGACCUUA